AUGACGGGCGGUGCUGGCGGCGUGGCUGCCACUGGCGAUCCCCACCUAGCAAAUGUUCUCGGUCAGCGAUUCGAUUUGAUGAAGCGGGGCAACCAUGUUCUGAUCAACAUCCCUCGCGGAAGGCAUAAGAACGUCAUGCUUCGUGUAGAGGCCGAGGCGCGUCAGUUGGGUGGACAAUGCACAGACAUGUAUUUCCAAGACUUGAACGUGACGGGGUCGUGGGUGGAGGAGAAAUAUGCCGCCGGUUUACGGUUUCAAGCUCAGGGUGUGCACGAUGAAGGUCCGAAGUGGUUCAAGUUUGGAAAGGUGCAGCUCAAAGUUGCCCAUGGACACACGCAGCAGGGCAUCACUUACCUAAACUUCUACGUCAAGCACCUUGGGCGUGCUGGAUUCGAUGUCGGAGGAUUGCUGGGAGAGGACGACCAUCAGGAGGCAGCGACGCCUGCGGAGGAAUGUGGUCACCGUGCCUCGCUCCUUCAAGUGUCUAGUCCGGAUGAGCAAGGUGUGCGCUUUCUCUCGGUCGCAGAGGCAAGUUUCGAAUGA